ACGAAGAAGCCUGGUAGAGUUAAGAUGGCGGAGUGUGGGUGAGGAGGUAGCACAUCAAAGCUCUGGUUUUCUUUCCCCGUAGCAUAAUUCUGUGAAAGCACACUGUCAUAGAUAAUUAACGUUAGAAAUUAAGAAAACAUUUCCUCCUCCUUCGCACAUAUUUGUCUAAUUUGGAAUUGAACUCAUGACGUCUAUUCACUUCGUGGUUCACCCGUUGCCCGGGACCGAGGACCAGCUCAAUGACAGAUUACGUGAGGUCUCGGAAAAACUCAACAAAUACAACUGCAACAGUCACCCCCCUCUCAGUGUGUUGGAACAGGCCACUAUUAAGCAGUGUGUGGUUGGACCAAACCAUGCCGGCUUUCUCCUUGAGGAUGGGCGGAUCUGCAGGAUCGGAUUUGCGGUGCAGCCGGACAGACUGGAGCUGGGGAAACCGGACAGCAGCGAUGGUUCAAAGUUGAGCAGUGGUUCAGGGACAGGAAGGACCCCCAGGCCAGGCAGGACUAGUGAUCCGCCCUGGUUCCUGUCUGGUUCUGACACACUGGGCAGACUGGCAGGCAGCACCCUUGGGAGCCGCUGGAGCUCUGGAGCCAAUGGCGGAGGCGGCGGCAGCAGCGGCGGAGCAGGUGGCGGUGGGGGAGGGGGAGGCAGCGGGGGAGGCGGCGGCAGCGGGGGCGCCAGCGGCGGUGGAGGUGGCGGGAGGUCUUCCGCCGCUGCCCGGGACUCCCGGAGGCAGACCAGAGUGAUCCGGACGGGGAGGGAGCGCGGCACGGGGCUCCUGGGCAGCCAGCCCCAACCCGUCAUCCCCGCCUCCGUCAUCCCAGAGGAGCUCAUCUCUCAGGCUCAGGUGGUUCUUCAGGGGAAAUCGAGGAGCGUCAUCAUCCGCGAACUCCAGCGCACCAACCUGGACGUCAACCUGGCCGUCAACAACCUGCUGAGCAGGGACGACGAGGACGGCGACGACGGUGACGACACUGCCAGCGAGUCCUAUCUGCCCGGAGAGGACUUGAUGUCGCUGCUGGACGCUGAUAUCCACUCCGCCCACCCCAGCGUCAUCAUCGACGCCGACGCCAUGUUCUCCGAGGACAUCAGCUAUUUCGGAUACCCGUCCUUCCGCCGCUCGUCCCUGUCCCGGCUGGGCUCCUCGCGAGUUCUCCUUCUUCCCCUAGAGCGGGACUCGGAGCUGUUGCGCGAGCGCGAGUCUGUGUUGAGGUUGCGCGAGCGCCGCUGGCUCGACGGGGCCUCUUUUGACGCCGAGCGCGGCUCCACCAGCAGGGACGGCGAGCCCGGCCCGGACCGGAAGAGCCCCCCCACGCAGAGCCCCGUGUCCCUGGGGGAGGAGCUGCAGUGGUGGCCCGACAAGGACGGCACCAAGUUUGUGAGCAUCGGCGCUCUGUACUCUGAGCUGGUGGCGGUCAGCUCUAAAGGAGAGCUCUAUCAGUGGAAGUGGAAUGAGCCGGAACCCUACAGAAACGCACAGAACCCUGCCAUUCACCACCCGCGGACCUCCUUCCUGGGACUGACCAAUGAGAGGAUCACCCUCCUGUCCGCCAAUAGCAUCAGAGCCACCGUCGCCACGGAGACCAACAAGGUGGCGACGUGGGUGGACGACACCCUGAACACGGUGGCGGCGAAGCUGGAGCACGGUGCCCAGGCGUUCGCCGAGCUGCAGGGCGAGCGGGUGGUGUCCCUGCACUGCUGCGCCCUUUACACCUGCGCUCAGCUGGAGAGCGGCCUCUACUGGUGGGGCGUCGUGCCUUUCAGUCUGCGGAAGAAGAUGCUGGAGAAGGCCAGGGCCAAGAACAAGAAGCCAAAGUCCAAUGGCAGCAUUUCCUCCAUCCCCAACAUCACGGUGGGGACCCAGGUGUGCCUGAGGAACAACCCCCUGUACCACGCGGGCGCGGUGGCCUUCUCGGUCAGCGGCGGCGUCCCCAAAGUGGGCACGCUCCUGGACUCGGUGUGGAACAUGAACGACAGCUGCAGGUUCCAGCUGCGCUCGCUGGAGAGCCUGAAGAGCCUAGACAAGGCCGGCAAGACCCAGGAGACCAAGACGGAGAGCAAGCCUGAGCUGGUGAAGACUGAGAUGGGGCCCCCACCCUCUCCCGCCUCCACCUGCAGCGACACCUCCUCCAUCGCCAGCAGUGCCUCUCUGCCCUACAAGCGGCGGCGCUCUACCCCCGCCCCCAAAGAGGAGGAGAAAGUCAACGAAGAGCAGUGGCCUCUUCGGGAGGUGGUGUUUGUGGAGGACAUUAAAAAUGUCCCUGUGGGAAAGGUGCUAAAAGUCGAUGGUGCGUAUGUUGCUGUGAAAUUUCCAGGGACGUCGAGCAGCGUGAGCAGCCAGAGCGCAGCUCCCUCUGACUCUGACCCGUCCUCACUGCUGCAGGACUGCAGGCUGCUCAGAAUAGAUGAGCUGCAGGUUGUAAAAACAGGUGGAACUCCAAAAGUUCCAGAUUGCUUCCAACGCACCCCUAAAAAACUCUGUAUCCCUGAAAAAGCUGAAAUAUUGGCUGUGAAUGUUGACUCCAAAGGAGUUCACGCAGUGCUUAAGACAGGAAGCUGGGUCAGGUACUGUGUCUUUGACCUGGCCACCGGCAAGGCCGAGCAGGAGAAUAACUUCCCCACCAGCAGCCUGGCCUUUCUGGGCCAGAGCGAGCACAACGUGGCCAUCUUCACCGCGGGACAGGAAUCCCCCGUGGUCCUCCGAGAUGGAAACGGGACUAUUUAUCCAAUGGCGAAAGACUGCAUGGGCGGGAUUAGGGACCCUGACUGGCUGGAUCUGCCGCCCAUCUCCAGUCUGGGCAUGGGAGUGCACUCGCUCGCCAACGUGUCCUCCAGCUCCACCAUCAAAAAGAAGGCUGCCGUUAUCAUCAUGGCGGUCGAGAAGCAGACGCUGAUGCAGCAGGUGCUGCGCUGCGACUACGAGGCCUGCCGGCUGCACCUGGCCAGCCUGGAGCAGGCCGUCCUGCUGGAGCAGAGCCCCCGCGCCCUCAGCGCCCUGCUGGGCCACCGCUGCGACGGCAACCGCAACAUCCUGCACGCCGCCGUCUCCGUCUGCUUCCCCGUCAACAACAAGGAGACCAAGGAGGAGGAGGAAGCCGAGCGGUCCGAGCGGAACACGUUCGCGGAGAGGCUGUCGGCCGUGGAGGCCAUCGCCAACGCCAUCUCUGUGGUCUCCAGCAACAGCUCAGGGAACAGGACCGGCUCGUCUGGCAGCCGGGGCCUCCGCCUCCGGGAGAUGAUGAGGCGGUCCCUCAGGGCCGCUGGGCUGGGCCGCCAUGAGUCAGGCCCCGCCUCCAGCGACCACCAGGACCCCGUGUCCCCGCCCAUCGCCCCGCCCAGCUGGGUGCCUGACCCUCCGCCCAUGGAUCCAGACGGUGAUAUCGAUUUCAUCCUGGCCCCUGCUGUGGGUUCACUCACUACUACAUCACCAGGGACAGGCCAGGGGCCCAGCACCUCCACCAUACCAGGCCCGUCGUCCGAACCCUCGGUGGUGGAGUCCAAAGACCGGAAGGCCAACGCCCACCUGAUCCUGAAGCUGAUGUGCGACAGCGUCAUCCUCCGGCCCUACCUGCGGGAGCUGCUGUCCGCCAAGGACGCUCGCGGUAUGACCCCCUUCAUGCUGGCCGUCAGCGGGCGGGCCUACCCCGCCGCCAUCACCGUGCUGGAGGCCGCUCAGAAAAUAGCCAAAGGCGACCCUGCCGUCGGCGAGAAGGACGACUCGGACUCCGCCUUCAUGGAAAUGAUCUGCCCCCCGGGGACCAACCCCGACGACUCGCCCCUCUACGUGCUCUGCUGCAACGACACCUGCAGCUUCACCUGGACGGGGGCCGAGCACAUCAACCAGGACAUUUUCGAGUGCCGGACGUGCGGCCUGCUGGAGUCGCUGUGCUGCUGCACGGAGUGCGCCAGGGUCUGCCACAAGGGUCACGACUGCAAGCUUAAGAGAACCUCUCCCACGGCCUACUGCGACUGCUGGGAGAAGUGCAAGUGCAAGACCCUGAUCGCAGGACAGAAGUCCGCUCGCCUCGACCUGCUCUACAGGCUGCUGACCACCACUAACCUGGUGACCACGCCCAAUAGCAGGGGGGAGCACAUCCUGCUGUUUCUGGUCCAGACGGUGGCCAGGCAGAGCGUGGAGCACUGCCAGUACCGGCCACCACGGAUCCGCGAGGACAGGAACCGCAAGGCUGCCAGUGCGGAAGACUCAGACAUGCCGGACCACGACCUGGAGCCCCCCCGCUUCGCUCAGCUGGCCCUGGAGCGCGUGCUGCAGGACUGGAACGCCCUCCGAUCCAUGAUCAUGUUCGGCUCGCAGGAGAACAAAGACCCGCUGAGCGCCAGCAGCCGGAUCGGGCACCUCCUCCCCGAGGAGCAGGUGUACCUCAGCCAGCAGAGCGGCACCAUACGCCUGGACUGCUUCACCCACUGCCUCAUCGUCAAGUGCGCCCCCGACAUCACGUUCAUUGACACGCUGCUGGGGACACUAGUGAAGGAGCUGCAGAAUAAGUAUACGCCGGGCCGGAGAGAGGAGGCCAUCAACGUCACCAUGAGGUUCCUCCGCUCUGUGGCCCGGGUCUUCGUCAUCCUCAGUGUGGAGAUGGCCUCAUCCAAGAAGAAAAAUAACUUCAUCCCCCAGCCCAUCGGGAAGUGCCGGCGGGUGUUCCAGGCGCUGCUGCCGUACGCGGUGGAGGAGCUGUGCAACGUGGCCGAGUCGCUCAUCGUGCCCGUGCGCAUGGGCGUGGCCCGCCCCACCGCGCCCUUCACCCUGGCCAGCACCAGCAUCGACGCCGUGCAGGGCAGCGAGGAGCUCUUCUCCGUCGAGCCCCUGCCCCCUCGGCCCUCCCCCGACCAGUCCAGCAGCUCCAGCCAGUCCACCUUCUCCUACAUCAUGAGGAACCCGCCGCCCCGCCACAGCGGCCAGUCGCAGCCCGCCCGCGGCCGGGACGAGGAGCAGGACGACAUCGUUUCCGCCGAUGUUGAGGAGCACUGUCUGCACCAGGUGGAGGUGGUGGAGGGUGUUACCGGGGAGGAGGAUCACCAUGACGACCAUGAGGAGCCAGGAGAGGAGAACGUGGAGACAGAGGGCCAGCAUGAUGAGCAUGAUGAGGAUGGCAGUGACAUGGAGCUGGACCUGCUGGCAGCCGCGGAGACCGAGAGUGACAGUGAGAGUAACCAUAGCAACCAGGAUAACGCCAGUGGCCGGAGGAGUGUGGUUACUGCGGCGACGGCUGGCUCUGAAGCAGGAAGUAGGGUCUCCCUGGCCUUUCCUUUGUUUGGUGCCAGCAGUGUCCCUGCCUUCUUUUCAGAGGACGACUCCCAGUCCAACGACUCGAGCGACUCGGACAGCAGCAGCAGCCAGAGCGACGAGGCGGACCAGGAGACCGUCCUGCUGGACGAGCCGCUGGAGCGCGCCUCGGGCGCCUCGCAGGCCGGCGGCGCCGCCCAGGCCCCGCGCUCCAUGCAGUGGGCCGUGCGCAGCACCCCCAGCCAGAGGGCCGCCGGCACCGCCCCCUCCAGCUCCUCCACCCCUGUGGCGAGCUCCACCGGGCUGAUCUACAUCGACCCGUCUAACCUGCGGCGGAGCGGGGCCAUCAGCACCAGCGCGGCGGCGGCGGCGGCGGCCCUGGAGGCCAGCAGCUCCAGCAGCUACCUGACCUCGGCCAGCAGCCUGGCGCGCGCCUACAGCAUCGUCAUCCGCCAGAUCUCCGACCUCAUGGGCCUCAUCCCCAAAUACAACCACCUGGUGUACUCCCAGUACCCCGCCGCCGUCAAGCUGUCCUACCAGGACGCUGUCAACCUGCAGAACUACGUGGAGGAGAAGCUGAUCCCCACCUGGAACUGGAUGGUGUCCAUCAUGGACUCCACGGAGGCUCAGCUGCGCUACGGCUCGGCCCUGUCCUCCGCCGGCGACCCGGGGCACCCCAGCCACCCGCUGCACGCCUCGCAGCACUCGGGCCGGCGGGAGCGCGUCACCGCCCGGGAGGAGGCCAGCCUGCGCAGCCUGGAGGGGCGGAGGCGUGCGGCCACGCUGCUCAGCGCGCGGCAGGGCAUGCUGUCGGCCCGCGGGGACUUCCUGAACUACGCCCUCUCGCUGAUGCGCUCCCACAACGACGAGCACUCAGACGUGCUGCCCGUGCUGGACGUGUGCUCGCUCAAGCAUGUGGCCUACGUCUUCCAGGCCCUCAUCUACUGGAUCAAGGCCAUGAACCAGCAGACCACCCUGGAGACGCCGCAGAUCGACAGGAAGAGACCGCGAGAGAUUCUGGAGCUGGGUCUGGACAACAACGAGGACUCUGAGCACGAGAACGACGAGGACACCAAUCAGAGCUGCACCCUCCAGGACAAAGACGAGGAGCCCGUACCUGCCGAGACGGGGCAGAACCACGCCUUCUUCCGCCGCUCCGACUCCAUGACCUUCCUGGGCUGCAUCCCCCCGAACCCCUUCGAGGUUCCCCUGGCUGAGGCCAUCCCGCUGGCGGACCAGCCGCACCUGUUACAGCCGAACGCAAGGAAGGAGGACCUGUUUGGGAGGCCCAGUCAGGGACUGUACUCCUCUUCAUUCAGUGCCAGCAAAGGCCUUACCGAGGUGACCGUGGACAGGAACUGCCUGGAGAUCCUGCCCACUAAGAUGUCGUACUCGGCCAACAUGAGGAACGUGAUGAGCAUGCAGUCCCAGCGGAAGGCCGGGGAGGACGCGGGUGUGGGCGUGGCCGAGCCGGAGCCCGAGGUGCCCAAGCCCGGCCCCUCCGCCCAGGACCUGGCGGCCCAGCUCAAGAGCAGCCUGCUGGCCGAGAUCGGGCUGGCCGAGAGCGAGGGGCCACCGCUCCCCUCCUUCAGGCCUCACUGCAGUUUCAUGGGCAUGUUGAUCUCCCAUGACAUGCUGCUGGGGCGCUGGCGCCUCUCUCUGGAGCUCUUCGGCCGCGUGUUCAUGGAGGACGUGGGGGCGGAGCCCGGAUCCAUCCUGACGGAGCUGGGCGGCUUCGAGGUGAAGGAGUCCAAGUUCCGGCGGGAGAUGGAGAAGCUGCGCAACCAGCAGUCGCGGGACCUGGCGCUGGAGGUGGAGCGCGACCGCGAGCAGCUCAUCCAGCAGACCAUGCGGCAGCUCAACGCGCACUUCGGCCGCCGCUGCGCCACCACGCCCAUGGCCGUGCACCGCGUCAAGGUCACCUUCAAGGACGAGCCGGGCGAGGGCAGCGGCGUGGCGCGCAGCUUCUACACCGCCGUCGCCCAGGCCUUCCUCUCCGGCGACAAGCUGCCCAACCUGGACUGCGUGCAGAGCGCCGCCAAGGGCAUGCAGGCCAGCAAUCUGAUGCAGCGUCUGCGGAACAGAGACCGAGAGAGAGAGAGAAGGAGCGGAGGCCUGAGGGCGGGGUCUCGCAGAGACCGGGACAGGGAUUCGAGGAGACAGCUGUCCGUCGACACCCGGCCCUUUAGGCCCGCCUCCGAAGGGAACCCCAGCGAGGAGCCGGACCCGCUGCCGGCCCACAGGCAGGCCCUGGGCGAGAGGCUGUACCCCAGGGUGCACACCAUGCAGCCGGCAUUCGCCAGUAAGAUCACAGGCAUGCUGCUGGAGCUGUCCCCCGCCCAGCUGCUGCUGCUGCUGGCCAGCGAGGACUCCCUCAGGGCCCGGGUGGAGGAGGCCAUGGAGCUCAUUAUCGCACACGGAAGGGAAAAUGGGGCAAAUAGUAUACUAGACCUCGGCAUGCUGGACUCCUCCGAUAAAUCGCAGCAGCAGGAGAACCGCAAGCGGCACGGCUCCACCCGCAGCGUGGUGGACAUGGAGCUGGACGACCCCGACGACGGAGACGACAACGCCCCCCUCUUCUACCAGCCGGGCAAGAGGGGCUUCUACUCGCCCCGGCCCGGCAAGAACACGGAGGCCCGGCUCAACUGCUUCCGCAACAUCGGCCGGAUACUUGGGCUAUGCCUGCUUCAGAAUGAACUGUGUCCCAUAACCUUGAACAGACACGUAAUCAAGGUUCUACUUGGAAGAAAGGUGAACUGGCACGACUUUGCGUUCUUCGACCCGGUGACGUACGAGAGUUUGCGGCAGCUUUUCCGCCACGCCCAGACCGGCGAGGCCGAGGCGGUCUUCGCCCAGAUGGAGCUGGCCUUCGCCAUCGACCUCUGCAAAGAGGAGGGCGCCGGGCAGGUGGAGCUCCUGUCUGGCGGUGUGAAUAUGCCGGUGACGCCGCUGAACGUGUACGAGUACGUGAGGAAGUAUGCGGAGCACCGCAUGCUGGUGGUGGCCGAGCAGCCUCUGCACGCCAUGAGGAAGGGCCUGUUGGACGUGCUUCCGAAAAAUUCUCUUGAGGACCUAACGGCGGAGGACUUCAGGCUGCUGGUCAACGGCUGUGGAGAGGUCAAUGUGCAGAUGCUCAUCAGCUUUACUUCCUUCAACGACGAAUCAGGGGAAAAUGCAGAGAAGCUACUGCAGUUCAAGCGCUGGUUCUGGUCCAUCACAGAGAAGAUGAGCAUGACCGAGAGACAAGAUCUGGUCUACUUCUGGACCUCUAGCCCGUCUUUGCCGGCCAGUGAGGAGGGUUUCCAGCCCAUGCCCUCCAUCACUAUUCGUCCUCCGGACGACCAGCACCUCCCCACCGCCAACACCUGCAUCUCCCGCCUCUACGUGCCACUCUACUCUUCCAAACAGAUUCUCAAGCAGAAACUUUUACUAGCCAUUAAGACCAAGAACUUUGGUUUCGUGUAGAGGUUGACCGAAGGAAAAAAAAAAAACGUGUUUACUGUUGUGUAAUAUUGCUAGUUCCAUUUUUUUGUAGAUUUAUUUUUUUGUCUAUACAGUUUUAUUAAAUUAAAAAAAAACAAUUUGUUAUUCCUGGUGGUAAUUUUUGUCUGCAUUGUAAAAUGCAGGCAGUUUGUUCUCAUUUUAUUUUCAGUUUUCUGAGGAGAGAUACAUUCCUACAUUGGGUUUGUAAUGCUGAACCCCCAUAGCUCUCUGCUAUACCAGCUUGAACUGUACCUUCCCAGGAAUUUGGCCAGACAGUAUAAACUGACAGCCAAACCCCAGCCAAAGAUGACAGCAGAAGUAAUAAUAAUUGAUUGCUACACUGUGAGUAUUGUUUUUUGCCCAAAACAGAAUACUUAAUAUCACUGAAAGUUCACUGCUGCCUUUGUGAAAAGUAAUUUUUCUUGAAUAGGGGGGUAGGGGGUAAUUUCAAAAAUAAAAUUGGAUGUAGAAUAUAAAUUUGGGCUCUUCCUGGUCUCUUGUAGUUGAAAAUUCAAAGACUUCACUGCAAAUAGGUUUAUAAGGAUUUAAGUCAUUUUAGCCACAAUUUUUAUGUGGGGAUUUUAUUUACAAUUCACAAAAUGAAUACUUAAAGGGAACAGAAGGAUAACUUUCAAUGUGGAAAAGUCCAUAUGGCAGGGUAUAGAUACUUUUUCUGGAAGAAAAUUUCUGUUUUGUGUUAUUGGUGUAUAGUUCAAAAUAAAUGCACAUAUUGUG